AUGGUACCCUCCCUCGCAGCAACUUUCUCCAACCUGGCGACUAGCCUCAUCCCAUCCCACCAUCUCUGCUCCUCAUCCCAUCCCACCAUCUCUGCUCCUCAUCCCAUCCCACCAUCUCUGCUCCUCAUCCCAUCCCACCAUCUCUGCUCCUCAUCCCAUCCCACCAUCUCUGCUCCUCAUCCCAUCCCACCAUCUCUGCUCCUCAUCCCAUCCCACCGUCUCUCCUCAUCAUCCCAUCCCACCAUCUCUGCUCCUCAUCCCAUCCCACCAUCUCUGCUCCUCAUCCCAUCCCACCAUCUUUGCUCCUCAUCCCAUCCCACCAUCUCUGCUCCUCAUCCCAUCCCACCAUCUCUGCUCCUCAUCCAAUCCCACCAUCUCUGCUCCUCAUCCCAUCCCACCAUCUCUGCUCCUCAUCACAUCCCACCAUCUCUGCUCCUCAUCCCAUCCCAUCAUCUCUGCUCCUCAUCCCAUCCCACCAUCUCUGCUCCUCAUCCCAUCCCACCAUCUCUGCUCCUCAUCCCAUCCCACCAUCUCUGCUCCUCAUCCCAUCCCACCAUCUCUUCUCCUCAUCCCAUCCCACCAUCUCUGCUCCUCAUCCCAUCCCACCGUCUCUCCUCAUCAUCCCAUCCCACCAUCUCUGCUCCUCAUCCCAUCGCACCAUCAUUGCUCCUCAUCCCAUCCCACCAUCUCUGCUCCUCAUCCCAUCCCACCAUCUCUGCUCCUCAUCCAAUCCCACCAUCUCUGCUCCUCAUCCCAUCCCACCAUCUCUGCUCCUCAUCCCAUCCCACCAUCUUUGCUCCUCAUCCCAUCCCACCAUCUCUGCUCCUCAUCCCAUCCCACCAUCUCUGCUCCUCAUCCAAUCCCACCAUCUCUGCUCCUCAUCCCAUCCCACCAUCUCUGCUCCUCAUCCCAUCCCACCAUCUCUGCUCCUCAUCCCAUCCCACCAUCUCUGCUCCUCAUCCCAUCCCACCAUCUCUGCUCCUCAUCCCAUCCCAUCCCAUCUUCUCUGGUCCUCAUCCCAUCCCACCAUCUCUGCUCCUCAUCCCAUCCCACCAUCUCUGCUCCUCAUCUCAUCCCACCAUCUCUGCUCCUCAUCCCAUCCCACCAUCUCUGCUCCUCAUCCCAUCCCACCAUCUCUGCUCCUCAUCCCAUCCCACCAUCUCUGCUCCUCAUCCCAUCCCACCAUCUCUGCUCCUCAUCCCAUCCCACCAACUCUGCUCCUCAUCCCAUCCCACCAUCUCUGCUCCUCAUCCCAUCCCACCAUCUCUGCUCCUCAUCCCAUCCCGCCAUCUCUGCUCCUCAUCCCAUCCCAAUAUCUCUGCUCCUCAUCCCAUCCCACCAUCUCUGCUCCUCAUCCCAUCCCACCAUCUCUGCUCCUCAUCCCAUCCCACCAUCUCUGCUCCUCAUCCCAUCCCACCAUCUCUGCUCCUCAUCCCAUCCCACCAUCUCUGCUCCUCAUCCCAUCCCACCAUCUCUGCUCCUCAUCCCAUCCCACCAUCUCUGCUCCUCAUCCCAUCCCACCAUCUCUGCUCCUCAUCCCAUCCCACCAUCUCUGCUCCUCAUCCCAUCCCACCAUCUCUGCUCCUCAUCCCAUCCCACCAUCUCUGCUCCUCAUCCCAUCCCACCAUCUCUGCUCCUCAUCCCAUCCCACCAUCUCUGCUCCUCAUCCCAUCCCACCAUCUCUGCUCCUCAUCCCAUCCCACCAUCUCUGCUCCUCAUCCCAUCCCACCAUCUCUGCUCCUCAUCCCAUCCCACCAUCUCUGCUCCUCAUCCCAUCCCACCAUCUCUGCUCCUCAUCCCAUCCCACCAUCUCUGCUCCUCAUCCCAUCCCACCAUCACUGCUCCUCAUCCCAUCCCACCAUCUCUGCUCCUCAUCCCAUUCCACCAUCUCUGCUCCUCAUCCCAUCCCACCAUCUCUGCUCCUCAUCCCAUCCCACCAUCUCUGCUACUCAUCCCAUCCCCCCAUCUCUGCUCCUCAUCCCAUCCCACCAUCUCUGCUCCUCAUCCCAUCCCACCAUCUCUGCUCCUCAUCCCAUCCCAACAUCUCUGCUCCUCAUCCCAUCCCACCAUCUCUGCUCCUCAUCCCAUCCCACCAUCUCUGCUCCUCAUCCCAUCCCACCAUCUCUGCUCCUCAUCCCAUCCCACCGUCUUUGCUCCUCAUCCCAUCCCACCAUCUCUGCUCCUCAUCCCAUCCCACCAUCUUUGCUCCUCAUCCCAUCCCACCAUCUCUGCUCCUCAUCCCAUCCCACCAUCUCUGCUCCUCAUCCCAUCCCACCAUCUCUGCUCCUCAUCCCAUCCCACCGUCUCUCCUCAUCAUCCCAUCCCACCAUCUCUGCUCCUCAUCCCAUCCCACCAUCUCUGCUCCUCAUCCCAUCCCACCAUCUUUGCUCCUCAUCCCAUCCCACCAUCUCUGCUCCUCAUCCCAUCCCACCAUCUCUGCUCCUCAUCCAAUCCCACCAUCUCUGCUCCUCAUCCCAUCCCACCAUCUCUGCUCCUCAUCCCAUCCCACCAUCUCUGCUCCUCAUCCCAUCCCAUCAUCUCUGCUCCUCAUCCCAUCCCACCAUCUCUGCUCCUCAUCCCAUCCCACCAUCUCUGCUCCUCAUCCCAUCCCACCAUCUCUGCUCCUCAUCCCAUCCCACCAUCUUUGCUCCUCAUCCCAUCCCACCAUCUCUGCUCAUCAUCCCAUCCCACCAUCUCUGCUCCUCAUCCCAUCCCAUCCCAUCUUCUCUGCUCCUCAUCCCAUCCCACCAUCUCUGCUCCUCAUCCCGUCCCACCAUCUCUGCUCCUCAUCCCAUCCCACCAUCUCUGCUCCUCAUCCCAUCCCACCAUCUCUGCUCCUCAUCCCAUCCCACCAUCUCUGCUCCUCAUCCCAUCCCACCAUCUCUGCUCCUCAUCCCAUCCCACCAUCUCUUCUCCUCAUCCCAUCCCACCAUCUCUGCUCCUCAUCCCAUCCCACCAUCUCUGCUCCUCAUCCCAUCCCACCAUCUCUGCUCCUCAUCCCAUCCCACCAUCUUUGCUCCUCAUCCCAUCCCACCAUCUCUGCUCCUCAUCCCAUCCCACCAUCUCUGCUCCUCAUCCCAUCCCACCAUCUCUGCUCCUCAUCCCAUCCCACCGUCUCUCCUCAUCAUCCCAUCCCACCAUCUCUGCUCCUCAUCCCAUCCCACCAUCUCUGCUCCUCAUCCCAUCCCACCAUCUUUGCUCCUCAUCCCAUCCCACCAUCUCUGCUCCUCAUCCCAUCCCACCAUCUCUGCUCCUCAUCCCAUCCCACCAUCUCUGCUCCUCAUCCCAUCCCACCAUCUCUGCUCCUCAUCCCAUCCCACCAUCUCUGCUCCUCAUCCCAUCCCACCAUCUCUGCUCCUCAUCCCAUCCCACCAUCUCUGCUCCUCAUCCCAUCCCACCGUCUCUCCUCAUCAUCCCAUCCCACCAUCUCUGCUCCUCAUCCCAUCCCACCAUCUCUGCUCCUCAUCCCAUCCCAACAUCUUUGCUCCUCAUCCCAUCCCACCAUCUCUGCUCCUCAUCCCAUCCCACCAUCUCUGCUCCUCAUCCCAUCCCACCAUCUCUGCUCCUCAUCCCAACCCACCAUCUCUGCUCCUCAUCCCAUCCCACCAUCUCUGCUCCUCAUCCCAUCCCACCGUCUCUCCUCAUCAUCCCAUCCCACCAUCUCUGCUCCUCAUCCAAUCCCCAAAUCUUUGCUCCUCAUCCCAUCCCACCAUCUCUGCUCCUCAUCCCAUCCCACCAUCUCUGCUCCUCAUCCCAUCCCACCGUCUUUGCUCCUCAUCCCAUCCCACCAUCUCUGCUCCUCAUCCCAUCCCACCAUCUCUGCUCCUCAUCCCAUCCCACCAUCUCUGCUCCUCAUCCCAUCCCACCAUCUCUGCUCCUCAUCCCAUCCCACCAUCUUUGCUCCUCAUCCCAUCCCACCAUCUCUGCUCCUCAUCCCAUCCCACCAUCUCUGCUCCUCAUCCCAUUCCACCAUCUUUGCUCCUCAUCCCAUCCCACCAUCUCUGCUCCUCAUCCCAUCCCACCAUCUCUGCUCCUCAUCCCAUCCCACCAUCUCUGCUCCUCAUCCCAUCCCACCAUCUCUGCUCCUCAUCCCAUCCCACCAUCUCUGCUCCUCAUCCCAUCCCACCGUCUCUCCUCAUCAUCCCAUCCCACCAUCUCUGCUCCUCAUCCCAUCCCACCAUCUCUGCUCCUCCCAUCCCACCAUCUUUGCUCCUCAUCCCAUCCCACCAUCUCUGCUCCUCAUCCCAUCCCACCAUCUCUGCUCCUCAUCCCAUCCCACCAUCUCUGCUCCUCAUCCCAUCCCACCAUCUCUGCUCCUCAUCCCAUCCCACCAUCUCUGCUCCUCAUCCCAUCCCACCGUCUUUGCUCCUCAUCCCAUCCCACCAUCUCUGCUCCUCAUCCCAUCCCACCGUCUCUCCUCAUCAUCCCAUCCCACCAUCUCUGCUCCUCAUCCCAUCCCACCAUCUCUGCUCCUCAUCCCAUCCCACCAUCUCUGCUCCUCAUCCCAUCCCACCAUCUUUGCUCCUCAUCCCAUCCCACCAUCUCUGCUCCUCAUCCCAUCCCACCAUCUCUGCUCCUCAUCCCAUCCCACCAUCUCUGCUCCUCAUCCCAUCCCACCGUCUCUCCUCAUCAUCCCAUCCCACCAUCUCUGCUCCUCAUCCCAUCCCACCAUCUCUGCUCCUCAUCCCAUCCCACCAUCUUUGCUCCUCAUCCCAUCCCACCAUCUCUGCUCCUCAUCCCAUCCCACCAUCUCUGCUCCUCAUCCAAUCCCACCAUCUCUGCUCCUCAUCCCAUCCCACCAUCUCUGCUCCUCAUCCCAUCCCACCAUCUCUGCUCCUCAUCCCAUCCCACCAUCUCUGCUCCUCAUCCCAUCCCACCAUCUCUGCUCCUCAUCCCAUCCCACCGUCUCUCCUCAUCAUCCCAUCCCACCAUCUCUGCUCCUCAUCCCAUCCCACCAUCUCUGCUCCUCAUCCCAUCCCACCAUCUUUGCUCCUCAUCCCAUCCCACCAUCUCUGCUCCUCAUCCCAUCCCACCAUCUCUGCUCCUCAUCCCAUCCCACCAUCUCUGCUCCUCAUCCCAUCCCACCAUCUCUGCUCCUCAUCCCAUCCCACCAUCUCUGCUCCUCAUCCCAUCCCACCAUCUUUGCUCCUCAUCCUAUCCCACCAUCUCUGCUCCUCAUCCCAUCCCACCAUCUCUGCUCCUCAUCCCAUCCCACCAUCUCUGCUGCUCAUCCCAUCCCACCAUCUCUGCUCCUCAUCCCAUCCCACCAUCUCUGCUCCUCAUCCCAUCCCACCAUCUCUGCUCCUCAUCCCAUCCCACCAUCUCUGCUCCUCAUCCCAUCCCACCAUCUUUGCUCCUCAUCCCAUCCCACCAUCUCUGCUCCUCAUCCCAUCCCACCAUCUCUGCUCCUCAUCCCAUCCCACCAUCUCUGCUCCUCAUCCCAUCCCACCAUCUCUGCUCCUCAUCCCAUCCCACCGUCUUUGCUCCUCAUCCCAUCCCACCAUCUCUGCUCCUCAUCCCAUCCCACCAUCUUUGCUCCAUCCAUCCCACCAUCUCUGCUCCUCAUCCAUCCACCAUCUCUGCUCCUCAUCCCAUCCCACCAUCUCUGCUCCUCAUCCCAUCCCACCAUCUCUGCUCCUCAUCCCAUCCCACCAUCUCUGCUCCUCAUCCCAUCCCACCAUCUCUGCUCCUCAUCACAUCCCACCAUCUCUGCUCCUCAUCCCAUCCCACCAUCUCUGCUCCUCAUCCCAUCCCACCAUCUCUGCUCCUCAUCCCAUCCCACCAUCUCUGCUCCUCAUCCCAUCCCACCAUCUCUGCUCCUCAUCCCAUCCCACCAUCUCUGCUCCUCAUCCCAUCCCACCAUCUUUGCUCCUUAUCCCAUCCCACCAUCUCUGCUCCUCAUCCCAUCCCACCAUCUCUGCUCCUCAUCCCAUCCCACCAUCUCUGCUCCUCAUCCCAUCCCACCAUCUCUGCUCCUCAUCCCAUCCCACCAUCUCUGCUCCUCAUCCCAUCCCACCGUCUCUCCUCAUCAUCCCAUCCCACCAUCUCUGCUCCUCAUCCCAUCGCACCAUCUUUUCUCCUCAUCCCAUCCCACCAUCUCUGCUCCUCAUCCCAUCCCACCAUCUCUGCUCCUCAUCCAAUCCCACCAUCUCUGCUCCUCAUCCCAUCCCACCAUCUCUGCUCCUCAUCCCAUCCCACCAUCUUUGCUCCUCAUCCCAUCCCACCAUCUCUGCUCCUCAUCCCAUCCCACCAUCUCUGCUCCUCAUCCCAUCCCACCAUCUCUGCUCCUCAUCCCAUCCCACCAUCUCUGCUCCUCAUCCCAUCCCACCGUCUCUCCUCAUCAUCCCAUCCCACCAUCUCUGCUCCUCAUCCCAUCCCACCAUCUCUGCUCCUCAUCCCAUCCCACCAUCUCUGCUCCUCAUCCCAUUCCACCAUCUCUGCUCCUCAUCCCAUCCCACCAUCUCUGCUCCUCAUCCAAUCCCAAAAUCUCUGCUCCUCAUCCCAUCCCACCGUCUCUCCUCAUCAUCCCAUCCCACCAUCUCUGCUCCUCAUCCCAUCCCACCAUCUCUGCUCAUCAUCCCAUCCCACCAUCUCUGCUCCUCAUCCCAUCCCACCAUCUCUGCUCCUCAUCCCAUCCCACCAUCUCUGCUCCUCAUCCCAUCCCACCGUCUCUGCUCCUCAUCCCAUCCCACCGUCUCUGCUCCUCAUCCCAUCCCACCGUCUCUCCUCAUCAUCCCAUCCCACCAUCUCUGCUCCUCAUCCCAUCCCACCAUCUCUGCUCCUCAUCCCAUCCCACCAUCUCUGCUCCUCAUCCCAUCCCACCAUCUCUGCUCCUCAUCCCAUCCCACCAUCUCUGCUCCUCAUCCCAUCCCACCAUCUUUGCUCCUCAUCCCAUCCCACCAUCUCUGCUCCUCAUCCCAUCCCACCAUCUCUGCUCCUCAUCCCAUCCCACCAUCUCUGCUCCUCAUCCCAUCCCACCGUCUCUCCUCAUCAUCCCAUCCCACCAUCUCUGCUCCUCAUCCCAUCGCACCAUCUUUUCUCCUCAUCCCAUCCCACCAUCUCUGCUCCUCAUCCCAUCCCACCAUCUCUGCUCCUCAUCCAAUCCCACCAUCUCUGCUCCUCAUCCCAUCCCACCAUCUCUGCUCCUCAUCCCAUCCCACCAUCUUUGCUCCUCAUCCCAUCCCACCAUCUCUGCUCCUCAUCCCAUCCCACCAUCUCUGCUCCUCAUCCCAUCCCACCAUCUCUGCUCCUCAUCCCAUCCCACCAUCUCUGCUCCUCAUCCCAUCCCACCGUCUCUCCUCAUCAUCCCAUCCCACCAUCUCUGCUCCUCAUCCCAUCCCACCAUCUCUGCUCCUCAUCCCAUCCCACCAUCUCUGCUCCUCAUCCCAUUCCACCAUCUCUGCUCCUCAUCCCAUCCCACCAUCUCUGCUCCUCAUCCAAUCCCAAAAUCUCUGCUCCUCAUCCCAUCCCACCGUCUCUCCUCAUCAUCCCAUCCCACCAUCUCUGCUCCUCAUCCCAUCCCACCAUCUCUGCUCAUCAUCCCAUCCCACCAUCUCUGCUCCUCAUCCCAUCCCACCAUCUCUGCUCCUCAUCCCAUCCCACCAUCUCUGCUCCUCAUCCCAUCCCACCGUCUCUGCUCCUCAUCCCAUCCCACCGUCUCUGCUCCUCAUCCCAUCCCACCGUCUCUCCUCAUCAUCCCAUCCCACCAUCUCUGCUCCUCAUCCCAUCCCACCAUCUCUGCUCCUCAUCCCAUCCCACCAUCUCUGCUCCUCAUCCCAUCCCACCAUCUCUGCUCCUCAUCCCAUCCCACCAUCUCUGCUCCUCAUCCCAUCCCACCAUCUUUGCUCCUCAUCCCAUCCCACCAUCUCUGCUCCUCAUCCCAUCCCACCAUCUCUGCUCCUCAUCCCAUUCCACCAUCUUUGCUCCUCAUCCCAUCCCACCAUCUCUGCUCCUCAUCCCAUCCCACCAUCUCUGCUCCUCAUCCCAUCCCACCAUCUCUGCUCCUCAUCCCAUCCCACCAUCUCUGCUCCUCAUCCCAUCCCACCAUCUCUGCUCCUCAUCCCAUCCCACCGUCUCUCCUCAUCAUCCCAUCCCACCAUCUCUGCUCCUCAUCCCAUCCCACCAUCUCUGCUCCUCCCAUCCCACCAUCUUUGCUCCUCAUCCCAUCCCACCAUCUCUGCUCCUCAUCCCAUCCCACCAUCUCUGCUCCUCAUCCCAUCCCACCAUCUCUGCUCCUCAUCCCAUCCCACCGUCUCUCCUCAUCAUCCCAUCCCACCAUCUCUGCUCCUCAUCCCAUCCCACCGUCUUUGCUCCUCAUCCCAUCCCACCAUCUCUGCUCCUCAUCCCAUCCCACCGUCUCUCCUCAUCAUCCCAUCCCACCAUCUCUGCUCCUCAUCCCAUCCCACCAUCUCUGCUCCUCAUCCCAUCCCACCAUCUCUGCUCCUCAUCCCAUCCCACCAUCUUUGCUCCUCAUCCCAUCCCACCAUCUCUGCUCCUCAUCCCAUCCCACCAUCUCUGCUCCUCAUCCCAUCCCACCAUCUCUGCUCCUCAUCCCAUCCCACCGUCUCUCCUCAUCAUCCCAUCCCACCAUCUCUGCUCCUCAUCCCAUCCCACCAUCUCUGCUCCUCAUCCCAUCCCACCAUCUUUGCUCCUCAUCCCAUCCCACCAUCUCUGCUCCUCAUCCCAUCCCACCAUCUCUGCUCCUCAUCCAAUCCCACCAUCUCUGCUCCUCAUCCCAUCCCACCAUCUCUGCUCCUCAUCCCAUCCCACCAUCUCUGCUCCUCAUCCCAUCCCACCAUCUCUGCUCCUCAUCCCAUCCCACCAUCUCUGCUCCUCAUCCCAUCCCACCGUCUCUCCUCAUCAUCCCAUCCCACCAUCUCUGCUCCUCAUCCCAUCCCACCAUCUCUGCUCCUCAUCCCAUCCCACCAUCUUUGCUCCUCAUCCCAUCCCACCAUCUCUGCUCCUCAUCCCAUCCCACCAUCUCUGCUCCUCAUCCCAUCCCACCAUCUCUGCUCCUCAUCCCAUCCCACCAUCUCUGCUCCUCAUCCCAUCCCACCAUCUCUGCUCCUCAUCCCAUCCCACCAUCUUUGCUCCUCAUCCUAUCCCACCAUCUCUGCUCCUCAUCCCAUCCACCAUCUCUGCUCCUCAUCCCAUCCCACCAUCUCUGCUCCUCAUCCCAUCCCACCAUCUCUGCUGCUCAUCCCAUCCCACCAUCUCUGCUCCUCAUCCCAUCCCACCAUCUCUGCUCCUCAUCCCAUCCCACCAUCUCUGCUCCUCAUCCCAUCCCACCAUCUCUGCUCCUCAUCCCAUCCCACCAUCUUUGCUCCUCAUCCCAUCCCACCAUCUCUGCUCCUCAUCCCAUCCCACCAUCUCUGCUCCUCAUCCCAUCCCACCAUCUCUGCUCCUCAUCCCAUCCCACCAUCUCUGCUCCUCAUCCCAUCCCACCAGUCUUUGCUCCUCAUCCCAUCCCACCAUCUCUGCUCCUCAUCCCAUCCCACCAUCUUUGCUCCUCAUCCCAUCCCACCAUCUCUGCUCCUCAUCCCAUCCCACCAUCUCUGCUCCUCAUCCCAUCCCACCAUCUCUGCUCCUCAUCCCAUCCCACCAUCUCUGCUCCUCAUCCCAUCCCACCAUCUCUGCUCCUCAUCACAUCCCACCAUCUCUGCUCCUCAUCCCAUCCCACCAUCUCUGCUCCUCAUCCCAUCCCACCAUCUCUGCUCCUCAUCCCAUCCCACCAUCUCUGCUCCUCAUCCCAUCCCACCAUCUCUGCUCCUCAUCCCAUCCCACCAUCUCUGCUCCUCAUCCCAUCCCACCAUCUCUGCUCCUCAUCCAUCCCACCAUCUCUGCUCCUCAUCCCAUCCCACCAUCUUUGCUCCUUAUCCCAUCCCACCAUCUCUGCUCCUCAUCCCAUCCCACCAUCUCUGCUCCUCAUCCCAUCCCACCAUCUCUGCUCCUCAUCCCAUCCCACCAUCUCUGCUCCUCAUCCCAUCCCACCAUCUCUGCUCCUCAUCCCAUCCCACCGUCUCUCCUCAUCAUCCCAUCCCACCAUCUCUGCUCCUCAUCCCAUCGCACCAUCUUUUCUCCUCAUCCCAUCCCACCAUCUCUGCUCCUCAUCCCAUCCCACCAUCUCUGCUCCUCAUCCAAUCCCACCAUCUCUGCUCCUCAUCCCAUCCCACCAUCUCUGCUCCUCAUCCCAUCCCACCAUCUUUGCUCCUCAUCCCAUCCCACCAUCUCUGCUCCUCAUCCCAUCCCACCAUCUCUGCUCCUCAUCCCAUCCCACCAUCUCUGCUCCUCAUCCCAUCCCACCAUCUCUGCUCCUCAUCCCAUCCCACCGUCUCUCCUCAUCAUCCCAUCCCACCAUCUCUGCUCCUCAUCCCAUCCCACCAUCUCUGCUCCUCAUCCCAUCCCACCAUCUCUGCUCCUCAUCCCAUUCCACCAUCUCUGCUCCUCAUCCCAUCCCACCAUCUCUGCUCCUCAUCCAAUCCCAAAAUCUCUGCUCCUCAUCCCAUCCCACCGUCUCUCCUCAUCAUCCCAUCCCACCAUCUCUGCUCCUCAUCCCAUCCCACCAUCUCUGCUCAUCAUCCCAUCCCACCAUCUCUGCUCCUCAUCCCAUCCCACCAUCUCUGCUCCUCAUCCCAUCCCACCAUCUCUGCUCCUCAUCCCAUCCCACCGUCUCUGCUCCUCAUCCCAUCCCACCGUCUCUGCUCCUCAUCCCAUCCCACCGUCUCUCCUCAUCAUCCCAUCCCACCAUCUCUGCUCCUCAUCCCAUCCCACCAUCUCUGCUCCUCAUCCCAUCCCACCAUCUCUCCUCCUCAUCCCAUCCCACCGUCUCUCCUCAUCAUCCCAUCCCACCAUCUCUGCUCCUCAUCCCAUCCCACCGUCUCUCCUCAUCAUCCCAUCCCACCAUCUCUGCUCCUCAUCCCAUCCCACAGUCUCUCCUCAUCAUCCCAUCCCACCAUCUCUGCUCCUCAUCCCAUCCCACCAUCUCUGCUCCUCAUCCCAUCCCACCAUCUCUGCUCCUCAUCCCAUCCCAUCAUCUUUGCUCCUCAUCCCAUCCCACCAUCUCUGCUCCUCAUCCCAUCCCACCAUCUCUGCUCCUCAUCCCAUCCCACCAUCUCUGCUCCUCAUCCCAUCCCACCAACUCUGCUCCUCAUCCCAUCCCACCAUCUCUGCUCCUCAUCCCAUCCCACCAUCUCUGCUCCUCAUCCCAUCCCACCAUCUCUGCUCCUCAUCCCAUCCCACCGUCUCUCCUCAUCAUCCCAUCCCACCAUCUCUGCUCCUCAUCCCAUCCCACCAUCUCUGCUCCUCAUCCCAUCCCACCAUCUCUGCUCCUCAUCCCAUCCCACCGUCUCUGCUCCUCAUCCCAUCCCACAGUCUCUGCUCCUCAUCCCAUCCCACCGUCUCUCCUCAUCAUACCAUCCCACCAUUUCUGCUCCUCAUCCCAUCCCACUAUCUCUGCUCCUCAUCCCAUCCCACCAUCUCUCCUCCUCAUCCCAUCCCACCGUCUCUCCUCAUCAUCCCAUCCCACCAUCUCUGCUCCUCAUCCCAUCCCACCAUCUCUGCUCCUCAUCCCAUCCCACCAUCUCUGCUCCUCAUCCCAUCCCACCAUCUCUGCUCCUCAUCCCAUCCCACCAUCUCUGCUCCUCAUCCCAUCCCACCAUCUCUGCUCCUCAUCCCAUCCCACCGUCUCUCCUCAUCAUCCCAUCCCACCAUCUCUGCUCCUCAUCCCAUCCCACCAUCUCUGCUCCUCAUCCCAUCCCACCAUCUCUGCUCCUCAUCCCAUUCCACCAUCUCUGCUCCUCAUCCCAUCCCACCAUCUCUGCUCCUCAUCCAAUCCCACCAUCUCUUUUCCUCAUCCCAUCCCACCAUCUUUGCUCCUCAUCCCAUCCCACCAUCUCUGCUCCUCAUCCCUUCCCACCAUCUCUGCUCCUCAUCCAAUCCCACCAUCUCUGCUCCUCAUCCCAUCCCACCAUCUCUGCUCCUCAUCCCAUCCCACCAUCUUUGCUCCUCAUCCCAUCCCACCAUAUUUGCUCCUCAUCCCAUCCCACCAUCUUUGCUCCUCAUCCCAUCCCACCAUCUCUGCUCCUCAUCCCUUCCCACCAUCUCUGCUCCUCAUCCAAUCCCACCAUCUCUGCUCCUCAUCCCAUCCCACCAUCUCUGCUCCUCAUCCCAUCCCACCAUCUCUGCUCCUCAUCCCAUCCCACCAUCUCUGCUCCUCAUCCCAUCCCACCAUCUCUGCUCCUCAUCCCAUCCCACCAUCUCUGCUCCUCAUCCCAUCCCACCGUCUCUCCUCAUCAUCCCAUCCCACCAUCUCUGCUCCUCAUCCCAUCCCACCAUCUCUGCUCCUCAUCCCAUCCCACCAUCUUUGCUCCUCAUCCCAUCCCACCAUCUCUGCUCCUCAUCCCUUCCCACCAUCUCUGCUCCUCAUCCAAUCCCACCAUCUCUGCUCCUCAUCCCAUCCCACCACCUCUGCUCCUCAUCCCAUCCCACCAUCUUUGCUCCUCAUCCCAUCCCACCAUCUUUGCUCCUCAUCCCAUCCCACCAUCUUUGCUCCUCAUCCCAUCCCACCAUCUCUGCUCCUCAUCCCAUCCCACCAUCUCUGCUCCUCAUCCCAUCCCACCAUCUCUGCUCCUCAUCCCAUCCCACCAUCUCUGCUCCUCAUCCCAUCCCACCAUCUCUGCUCCUCAUCCCAUCCCACCAUCUCUGCUCCUCAUCCCAUCCCACCAUCUCUGCUCCUCAUCCCAUCCCACCAUCUCUGCUCCUCAUCCCAUCCCACCAUCUCUGCUCCUCAUCCCAUCCCACCAUCUUUGCUCCUCAUCCCAUCCCACCAUCUCUGCUCCUCAUCCCAUCCCACCGUCUCUCCUCAUCAUCCCAUCCCACCAUCUCUGCUCCUCAUCCCAUCCCACCAUCUCUGCUCCUCAUCCCAUCCCACCAUCUCUGCUCCUCAUCCCAUCCCACCAUCUCUGCUCCUCAUCCCAUCCCACCAUCUCUGCUCCUCAUCCCAUCCCACCAUCUCUCCUCCUCAUCCCAUCCCACCGUCUCUGCUCCUCAUCCCAUCCCACCGUCUCUGCUCCUCAUCCCAUCCCACCGUCUCUCCUCAUCAUCCCAUCCCACCAUCUCUGCUCCUCAUCCCAUCCCACCAUCUCUGCUCCUCAUCCCAUCCCACCAUCUCUGCUCCUCAUCCCAUCCCACCAUCUCUGCUCCUCAUCCCAUCCCACCAUCUCUGCUCCUCAUCCCAUCCCACCGUCUCUCCUCAUCAUCCCAUCCCACCAUCUCUGCUCCUCAUCCCAUCCCACCAUCUCUGCUCCUCAUCCCAUCCCACCAUCUCUGCUCCUCAUCCCAUUCCACCAUCUCUGCUCCUCAUCCCAUCCCACCAUCUCUGCUCCUCAUCCAAUCCCAAAAUCUCUGCUCCUCAUCCCAUCCCACCGUCUCUCCUCAUCAUCCCAUCCCACCAUCUCUGCUCCUCAUCCCAUCCCACCAUCUCUGCUCAUCAUCCCAUCCCACCAUCUCUGCUCCUCAUCCCAUCCCAUCAUCUUUGCUCCUCAUCCCAUCCCACCAUCUCUGCUCCUCAUCCCAUCCCACCAUCUCUGCUCCUCAUCCCAUCCCACCAUCUCUGCUCCUCAUCCCAUCCCACCAACUCUGCUCCUCAUCCCAUCCCACCAUCUCUGCUCCUCAUCCCAUCCCACCAUCUCUGCUCCUCAUCCCAUCCCACCAUCUCUGCUCCUCAUCCCAUCCCACCUCUCUGCUCCUCAUCCCAUCCCACCGUCUCUCCUCAUCAUACCAUCCCACCAUUUCUGCUCCUCAUCCCAUCCCACUAUCUCUGCUCCUCAUCCCAUCCCACCAUCUCUCCUCCUCAUCCCAUCCCACCGUCUCUCCUCAUCAUCCCAUCCCACCAUCUCUGCUCCUCAUCCCAUCCCACCAUCUCUGCUUCUCAUCCCAUCCCACCAUCUCUGCUCCUCAUCCCAUCCCACCAUCUCUGCUCCUCAUCCCAUCCCACCAUCUCUGCUCCUCAUCCCAUCCCACCAUCUCUGCUCCUCAUCCCAUCCCACCGUCUCUCCUCAUCAUCCCAUCCCACCAUCUCUGCUCCUCAUCCCAUCCCACCAUCUCUGCUCCUCAUCCCAUCCCACCAUCUCUGCUCCUCAUCCCAUUCCACCAUCUCUGCUCCUCAUCCCAUCCCACCAUCUCUGCUCCUCAUCCUAUCCCACCAUCUCUUCUCCUCAUCCCAUCCCACCAUCUUUGCUCCUCAUCCCAUCCCACCAUCUCUGCUCCUCAUCCCUUCCCACCAUCUCUGCUCCUCAUCCAAUCCCACCAUCUCUGCUCCUCAUCCCAUCCCACCAUCUCUGCUCCUCAUCCCAUCCCACCAUCUUUGCUCCUCAUCCCAUCCCACCAUCUUUGCUCCUCAUCCCAUCCCACCAUCUUUGCUCCUCAUCCCAUCCCACCAUCUCUGCUCCUCAUCCCUUCCCACCAUCUCUGCUCCUCAUCCAAUCCCACCAUCUCUGCUCCUCAUCCCAUCCCACCAUCUCUGCUCCUCAUCCCAUCCCACCAUCUCUGCUCCUCAUCCCAUCCCACCAUCUCUGCUCCUCAUCCCAUCCCACCAUCUCUGCUCCUCAUCCCAUCCCACCAUCUCUGCUCCUCAUCCCAUCCCACCGUCUCUCCUCAUCAUCCCAUCCCACCAUCUCUGCUCCUCAUCCCAUCCCACCAUCUCUGCUCCUCAUCCCAUCCCACCAUCUUUGCUCCUCAUCCCAUCCCACCUCUCUGCUCCUCAUCCCAUCCCACCAUCUCUGCUCCUCAUCCCAUCCCACCAUCUUUGCUCCUCAUCCCAUCCCACCAUCUCUGCUCCUCAUCCCAUCCCACCAUCUCUGCUCCUCAUCCCAUCCCACCAUCUCUGCUCCUCAUCCCAUCCCACCAUCUCUCCUCCUCAUCCCAUCCCACCGUCUCUCCUCAUCAUCCCAUCCCACCAUCUCUGUUCCUCAUCCCAUCCCACCAUCUCUGCUCCUCAUCCCAUCCCACCAUCUCUGCUCCUCAUCCCAUCCCACCAACUCUGCUCCUCAUCCCAUCCCACCAUCUCUGCUCCUCAUCCCAUCCCACCAUCUCUGCUCCUCAUCCCAUCCCACCAUCUCUGCUCCUCAUCCCAUCCCACCGUCUCUCCUCAUCAUCCCAUCCCACCAUCUCUGCUCCUCAUCCCAUCCCACCAUCUCUGCUCCUCAUCCCAUCCCACCAUCUCUGCUCCUCAUCCCAUCCCACCGUCUCUGCUCCUCAUCCCAUCCCACAGUCUCUGCUCCUCAUCCCAUCCCACCGUCUCUCCUCAUCAUACCAUCCCACCAUUUCUGCUCCUCAUCCCAUCCCACUAUCUCUGCUCCUCAUCCCAUCCCACCAUCUCUCCUCCUCAUCCCAUCCCACCGUCUCUCCUCAUCAUCCCAUCCCACCAUCUCUGCUCCUCAUCCCAUCCCACCAUCUCUGCUCCUCAUCCCAUCCCACCAUCUCUGCUCCUCAUCCCAUCCCACCAUCUCUGCUCCUCAUCCCAUCCCACCAUCUCUGCUCCUCAUCCCAUCCCACCGUCUCUCCUCAUCAUCCCAUCCCACCAUCUCUGCUCCUCAUCCCAUCCCACCAUCUCUGCUCCUCAUCCCAUCCCACCAUCUCUGCUCCUCAUCCCAUUCCACCAUCUCUGCUCCUCAUCCCAUCCCACCAUCUCUGCUCCUCAUCCAAUCCCACCAUCUCUUCUCCUCAUCCCAUCCCACCAUCUUUGCUCCUCAUCCCAUCCCACCAUCUCUGCUCCUCAUCCCUUCCCACCAUCUCUGCUCCUCAUCCAAUCCCACCAUCUCUGCUCCUCAUCGCAUCCCACCAUCUCUGCUCCUCAUCCCAUCCCACCAUCUUUGCUCCUCAUCCCAUCCCACCAUCUUUGCUCCUCAUCCCAUCCCACCAUCUUUGCUCCUCAUCCCAUCCCACCAUCUCUGCUCCUCAUCCCAUCCCACCAUCUCUGCUCCUCAUCCAAUCCCACCAUCUCUGCUCCUCAUCCCAUCCCACCAUCUCUGCUCCUCAUCCCAUCCCACCAUCUCUGCUCCUCAUCCCAUCCCACCAUCUCUGCUCCUCAUCCCAUCCCACCAUCUCUGCUCCUCAUCCCAUCCCACCAUCUCUGCUCCUCAUCCCAUCCCACCGUCUCUCCUCAUCAUCCCAUCCCACCAUCUCUGCUCCUCAUCCCAUCCCACCAUCUCUGCUCCUCAUCCCAUCCCACCAUCUUUGCUCCUCAUCCCAUCCCACCAUCUCUGCUCCUCAUCCCAUCCCACCGUCUCUCCUCAUCAUCCCAUCCCACCAUCUCUGCUCCUCAUCCCAUCCCACCAUCUCUGCUCCUCAUCCCAUCCCACCAUCUCUGCUCCUCAUCCCAUCCCACCAUCUCUGCUCCUCAUCCCAUCCCACCAUCUCUGCUCCUCAUCCCAUCCCACCAUCUCUCCUCCUCAUCCCAUCCCACCGUCUCUGCUCCUCAUCCCAUCCCACCGUCUCUGCUCCUCAUCCCAUCCCACCGUCUCUCCUCAUCAUCCCAUCCCACCAUCUCUGCUCCUCAUCCCAUCCCACCAUCUCUGCUCCUCAUCCCAUCCCACCAUCUCUGCUCCUCAUCCCAUCCCACCGUCUCUCCUCAUCAUCCCAUCCCACCAUCUCUGCUCCUCAUCCCAUCCCACCAUCUCUGCUCCUCAUCCCAUCCCACCAUCUCUGCUCCUCAUCCCAUUCCACCAUCUCUGCUCCUCAUCCCAUCCCACCAUCUCUGCUCCUCAUCCAAUCCCACCAUCUCUUCUCCUCAUCCCAUCCCACCAUCUUUGCUCCUCAUCCCAUCCCACCAUCUCUGCUCCUCAUCCCUUCCCACCAUCUCUGCUCCUCAUCCAAUCCCACCAUCUCUGCUCCUCAUCCCAUCCCACCAUCUCUGCUCCUCAUCCCAUCCCACCAUCUUUGCUCCUCAUCCCAUCCCACCAUCUUUGCUCCUCAUCCCAUCCCACCAUCUCUGCUCCUCAUCCCAUCCCACCAUCUCUGCUCCUCAUCCAAUCCCACCAUCUCUGCUCCUCAUCCCAUCCCACCAUCUCUGCUCCUCAUCCCAUCCCACCAUCUCUGCUCCUCAUCCCAUCCCACCAUCUCUGCUCCUCAUCCCAUCCCACCAUCUCUGCUCCUCAUCCCAUCCCACCAUCUCUGCUCCUCAUCCCAUCCCACCGUCUCUCCUCAUCAUCCCAUCCCACCAUCUCUGCUCCUCAUCCCAUCCCACCAUCUCUGCUCCUCAUCCCAUCCCACCAUCUUUGCUCCUCAUCCCAUCCCACCAUCUCUGCUCCUCAUCCCAUCCCACCGUCUCUCCUCAUCAUCCCAUCCCACCAUCUCUGCUCCUCAUCCCAUCCCACCAUCUCUGCUCCUCAUCCCAUCCCACCAUCUCUGCUCCUCAUCCCAUCCCACCAUCUCUGCUCCUCAUCCCAUCCCACCAUCUCUGCUCCUCAUCCCAUCCCACCAUCUCUCCUCCUCAUCCCAUCCCACCGUCUCUGCUCCUCAUCCCAUCCCACCGUCUCUGCUCCUCAUCCCAUCCCACCGUCUCUCCUCAUCAUCCCAUCCCACCAUCUCUGCUCCUCAUCCCAUCCCACCAUCUCUGCUCCUCAUCCCAUCCCACCAUCUCUGCUCCUCAUCCCAUCCCACCGUCUCUCCUCAUCAUCCCAUCCCACCAUCUCUGCUCCUCAUCCCAUCCCACCAUCUCUGCUCCUCAUCCCAUCCCACCAUCUCUGCUCCUCAUCCCAUUCCACCAUCUCUGCUCCUCAUCCCAUCCCACCAUCUCUGCUCCUCAUCCAAUCCCACCAUCUCUUCUCCUCAUCCCAUCCCACCAUCUUUGCUCCUCAUCCCAUCCCACCAUCUCUGCUCCUCAUCCCUUCCCACCAUCUCUGCUCCUCAUCCAAUCCCACCAUCUCUGCUCCUCAUCCCAUCCCACCAUCUCUGCUCCUCAUCCCAUCCCACCAUCUUUGCUCCUCAUCCCAUCCCACCAUCUUUGCUCCUCAUCCCAUCCCACCAUCUUUGCUCCUCAUCCCAUCCCACCAUCUCUGCUCCUCAUCCCAUCCCACCAUCUCUGCUCCUCAUCCAAUCCCACCAUCUCUGCUCCUCAUCCCAUCCCACCAUCUCUGCUCCUCAUCCCAUCCCACCAUCUCUGCUCCUCAUCCCAUCCCACCAUCUCUGCUCCUCAUCCCAUCCCACCAUCUCUGCUCCUCAUCCCAUCCCACCAUCUCUGCUCCUCAUCCCAUCCCACCGUCUCUCCUCAUCAUCCCAUCCCACCAUCUCUGCUCCUCAUCCCAUCCCACCAUCUCUGCUCCUCAUCCCAUCCCACCAUCUCUGCUCCUCAUCCCAUCCCACCAUCUCUGCUCCUCAUCACAUCCCACCAUCUCUGCUCCUCAUCCCAUCCCACCAUCUCUGCUCCUCAUCCCAUCCCACCAUCUCUGCUCCUCAUCCCAUCCCACCAUCUCUGCUCCUCAUCCCAUCCCACCAUCUCUGCUCCUCAUCCCAUCCCACCAUCUCUGCUCCUCAUCCCAUCCCACCGUCUCUCCUCAUCAUCCCAUCCCACCAUCUCUGCUCCUCAUCCCAUCCCACCAUCUCUGCUCCUCAUCCCAUCCCACCAUCUUUGCUCCUCAUCCCAUCCCACCAUCUCUGCUCCUCAUCCCAUCCCACCAUCUCUUCUCCUCAUCCCAUCCCACCAUCUCUGCUCCUCAUCCCAUCCCACCAUCUCUGCUCCUCAUCCCAUCCCACCAUCUCUGCUCCUCAUCCCAUCCCACCAUCUUUGCUCCUCAUCCCAUCCCACCUCUCUGCUCCUCAUCCCAUCCCACCAUCUCUGCUCCUCAUCCCAUCCCACCAUCUCUGCUCCUCAUCCCAUCCCACCAUCUCUGCUCCUCAUCCCAUCCCACCAUCUCUGCUCCUCAUCCCAUCCCACCAUCUCUGCUCCUCAUCCCAUCCCACCAUCUCUGCUCCUCAUCCCAUCCCACCAUCUCUGCUCCUCAUCCCAUCCCACCAUCUCUGCUCUUCAUCACAUCCCACCAUCUCUGCUCCUCAUCCCAUCCCACCAUCUCUGCUCCUCAUCCCAUCCCACCAUCUCUGCUCCUCAUCCCAUCCCACCAUCUCUGCUCCUCAUCCCAUCCCACCGUCUCUCCUCAUCAUCCCAUCCCACCAUCUCUGCUCCUCAUCCCAUCCCACCAUCUCUGCUCCUCAUCCCAUCCCACCAUCUCUGCUCCUCAUCCCAUUCCACCAUCUCUGCUCCUCAUCCCAUCCCACCAUCUCUGCUCCUCAUCCAUUCCCACCAUCUCUGCUCCUUAUCCCAUCCCACCAUCUCUGCUCCUCAUCACAUCCCACCAUCUCUGCUCCUCAUCCCAUCCCACCAUCUCUGCUCCUCAUCCCAUCCCACCAUUUCUGCUCCUCAUCCCAUCCCACCAUCUUUGCUCCUCAUCCCAUCCCACCAUCUCUGCUCCUCAUCCCAUCCCACCAUCUCUUCUCCUCAUCCCAUCCCACCAUCUCUGCUCCUCAUCCCAUCCCACCAUCUCUGCUCCUCAUCCCAUCCCACCAUCUCUGUUCCUCAUCCCAUCCCAACAUCUCUGCUCCUCAUCCCAUCCCACCAUCGCUGCUCCUCAUCCCAUCCCACCAUCUUUGCUUCUCAUCCCAUCCCACCAUCUCUGCUCCUCAUCCCAUCCCACCAUCACUUCUCCUCAUCCCAUCCCACCAUCUCUGCUCCUCAUCCCAUCCCACCAUCUCUGCUCCUCAUCCCAUCCCACCAUCUCUGCUCCUCAUCCCAUACCACCAUCUUUGAUCCUCAUCCCAUCCCACCAUCUCUGCUGCUCAUCCCAUCCCACCAUCUCUGCUCCUCAUCCCAUCCCACCAUCUCUGCUCCUCAUCCCAUCCCACCAUCUCUGCUCCUCAUCCCAUCCCACCAUCUCUGCUCCUCAUCCCAUCCCACCAUCUCUGCUCCUCAUCCCAUCCCACCAUCUCUGCUCCUCAUCCCAUCCCACCAUCUCUGCUCCUCAUCCCAUCCCACCGUCUCUCCUCAUCAUCCCAUCCCACCAUCUCUGCUCCUCAUCCCAUCCCACCAUCUCUGCUCCUCAUCCCAUCCCACCAUCUUUGCUCCUCAUCCCAUCCCACCAUCUCUGCUCCUCAUCCCAUCCCACCAUCUCUUCUCCUCAUCCCAUCCCACCAUCUCUGCUCCUCAUCCCAUCCCACCAUCUCUGCUCCUCAUCCCAUCCCACCAUCUCUGCUCCUCAUCCCAUCCCACCAUCUCUGCUCCUCAUCCCAUCCCACCAUCUCUGCUCCUCAUCCCAUCCCACCAUCUUUGCUCCUCAUCCCAUCCCACCAUCUCUGCUCCUCAUCCCAUCCCACCAUCUCUUCUCCUCAUCCCAUCCCACCAUCUCUGCUCCUCAUCCCAUCCCACCAUCUCUGCUCCUCAUCCCAUCCCACCAUCUCUGCUCCUCAUCCCAUACCACCAUCUUUGAUCCUCAUCCCAUCCCACCAUCUCUGCUGCUCAUCCCAUCCCACCAUCUCUGCUCCUCAUCCCAUCCCACCAUCUCUGCUCCUCAUCCCAUCCCACCAUCUCUGCUCCUCAUCCCAUCCCACCAUCUCUGCUCCUCAUCCCAUCCCACCAUCUCUGCUCCUCAUCCCAUCCCACCAUCUCUGCUCCUCAUCACAUCCCACCAUCUCUGCUCCUCAUCCCAUCCCACCAUCUCUGCUCCUCAUCCCAUCCCACCAUCUCUGCUCCUCAUCCCAUCCCACCAUCUUUGCUCCUCAUCCCAUCCCACCAUCUCUGCUCCUCAUCCCAUCCCACCAUCUCUUCUUCUCAUCCCAUCCCACCAUCUCUGCUCCUCAUCCCAUCCCACCAUCUCUGCUCCUCAUCCCAUCCCACCAUCUCUGCUCCUCAUCCCAUCCCACCAUCUUUGCUCCUCAUCCCAUCCCACCAUCUCUGCUCCUCAUCCCAUCCCACCAUCUCUGCUCCUCAUCCCAUCCCACCAUCUCUGCUCCUCAUCCCAUCCCACCAUCUCUGCUCCUCAUCCCAUCCCACCAUCUCUGCUCCUCAUCCCAUCCCACCAUCUCUGCUCCUCAUCCCAUCCCACCAUCUCUGCUCCUCAUCACAUCCCACCAUCUCUGCUCCUCAUCCCAUCCCACCAUCUCUGCUCCUCAUCCCAUCCCACCAUCUCUGCUCCUCAUCCCAUCCCACCAUCUCUGCUCCUCAUCCCAUCCCACCAUCUCUGCUCCUCAUCCCAUCCCACCAUCUCUGCUCCUCAUCCCAUCCCACCGUCUCUCCUCAUCAUCCCAUCCCACCAUCUCUGCUCCUCAUCCCAUCCCACCAUCUCUGCUCCUCAUCCCAUCCCACCAUCUUUGCUCCUCAUCCCAUCCCACCAUCUCUGCUCCUCAUCCCAUCCCACCAUCUCUUCUCCUCAUCCCAUCCCACCAUCUCUGCUCCUCAUCCCAUCCCACCAUCUCUGCUCCUCAUCCCAUCCCACCAUCUCUGCUCCUCAUCCCAUCCCACCAUCUCUGCUCCUCAUCCCAUCCCACCAUCUCUGCUCCUCAUCCCAUCCCACCAUCUCUGCUCCUCAUCCCAUCCCACCAUCUCUGCUCCUCAUCCCAUCCCACCAUCUCUGCUCCUCAUCCCAUCCCACCAUCUCUGCUCCUCAUCCCAUCCCACCAUCUCUGCUCCUCAUCCAUCCCACCAUCUUUGCUCCUCAUCCAUCCCACCAUCUCUGCUCCUCAUCCCAUCCCACCAUCUCUUCUCCUCAUCCCAUCCCACCAUCUCUGCUCCUCAUCCCAUCCCACCAUCUCUGCUCCUCAUCCCAUCCCACCAUCUCUGCUCCUCAUCCCAUCCCACCAUCUUUGCUCCUCAUCCCAUCCCACCAUCUCUGCUCCUCAUCCCAUCCCACCAUCUCUUCUUCUCAUCCCAUCCCACCAUCUCUGCUCCUCAUCCCAUCCCACCAUCUCUGCUCCUCAUCCCAUCCCACCAUCUCUGCUCCUCAUCCCAUCCCACCAUCUUUGCUCCUCAUCCCAUCCCACCAUCUCUGCUCCUCAUCCCAUCCCACCAUCUCUGCUCCUCAUCCCAUCCCACCAUCUCUGCUCCUCAUCCCAUCCCACCAUCUCUGCUCCUCAUCCCAUCCCACCAUCUCUGCUCCUCAUCCCAUCCCACCAUCUCUGCUCCUCAUCCCAUCCCACCAUCUCUGCUCCUCAUCACAUCCCACCAUCUCUGCUCCUCAUCCCAUCCCACCAUCUCUGCUCCUCAUCCCAUCCCACCAUCUCUGCUCCUCAUCCCAUCCCACCAUCUCUGCUCCUCAUCCCAUCCCACCAUCUCUGCUCCUCAUCCCAUCCCACCAUCUCUGCUCCUCAUCCCAUCCCACCGUCUCUCCUCAUCAUCCCAUCCCACCAUCUCUGCUCCUCAUCCCAUCCCACCAUCUCUGCUCCUCAUCCCAUCCCACCAUCUUUGCUCCUCAUCCCAUCCCACCAUCUCUGCUCCUCAUCCCAUCCCACCAUCUCUUCUCCUCAUCCCAUCCCACCAUCUCUGCUCCUCAUCCCAUCCCACCAUCUCUGCUCCUCAUCCCAUCCCACCAUCUCUGCUCCUCAUCCCAUCCCACCAUCUUUGCUCCUCAUCCCAUCCCACCUCUCUGCUCCUCAUCCCAUCCCACCAUCUCUGCUCCUCAUCCCAUCCCACCAUCUUUGCUCCUCAUCCCAUCCCACCAUCUCUGCUCCUCAUCCCAUCCCACCAUCUCUGCUCCUCAUCCCAUCCCACCAUCUCUGCUCCUCAUCCCAUCCCACCAUCUCUGCUCCUCAUCCCAUCCCACCAUCUCUGCUCCUCAUCCCAUCCCACCAUCUCUGCUCCUCAUCCCAUCCCACCAUCUCUGCUCCUCAUCACAUCCCACCAUCUCUGCUCCUCAUCCCAUCCCACCAUCUCUGCUCCUCAUCCCAUCCCACCAUCUCUGCUCCUCAUCCCAUCCCACCAUCUCUGCUCCUCAUCCCAUCCCACCGUCUCUCCUCAUCAUCCCAUCCCACCAUCUCUGCUCCUCAUCCCAUCCCACCAUCUCUGCUCCUCAUCCCAUCCCACCAUCUCUGCUCCUCAUCCCAUCCCACCAUCUCUGCUCAUCAUCCCAUCCCACCAUCUCUGCUCCUCAUCCCAUCCCACCAUCUCUGCUCCUCAUCCCAUCCCACCAUCUCUGCUCCUCAUCCCAUCCCACCAUCUCUGCUCCUCAUCCCAUCCCACCAUCUUUGCUCCUCAUCCCAUCCCACCAUCUCUGCUCCUCAUCCCAUCCCACCAUCUCUUCUCCUCAUCCCAUCCCACCAUCUCUGCUCCUCAUCCCAUCCCACCAUCUCUGCUCCUCAUCCCAUCCCACCAUCUCUGCUCCUCAUCCCAUCCCACCAUCUUUGCUCCUCAUCCCAUCCCACCAUCUCUGCUCCUCAUCCCAUCCCACCAUCUCUGCUCCUCAUCCCAUCCCACCAUCUCUGCUCCUCAUCCCAUCCCACCAUCUCUGCUCCUCAUCCCAUCCCACCAUCUCUGCUCCUCAUCCCAUCCCACCAUCUCUGCUCCUCAUCCCAUACCACCAUCUUUGA